GGCGAACAUCGUAUAAACAUGAUUCUGUCCGAUUCUAAGACCAUGUGAAGCAUCAUCGAACUUCAGAUACUUUCAGAAACUUCCAGUAUUUUAUAUUUGAGCUGAACUUAGUGCUCCAAAAUGAUAGCGCUUAUCGCUGACGUAACACACCUUGAGGCUUCAGUAACUCGUCAUUAUUUAUACUGUUCAUAUUGUUUGUAAGUCGCCGAAUCAUGCUUAUUAUCUAUUUGUUAAUCGCACUGGAUGUGCUUUCAUUCGUAACGAAUUUGGCCAUACAAACCAAACAUGUUUUACUGUUAGGAGGAUCAUUCUUUGCUAUUGGACUUCUGGGCUCUCUAUCAUCUUUACUUUCAGUUGUUUGGAGACCUAUAGCGGUCAAUUUCUUAUGAUGACAGCGAGUAAAAAUUAAUGUUUGCUUAGGGCCAUUUGAGCGACCAGAAAAAUAAGCAAGAUGUUAUUAUUUGGUGCCUGCUGUUAUCCCUUUUCGGAAAUAUACUUGCAUGGGCAUCUCCUUCGAUGUGGCUGUAUUCUACUGCAAAGGUGAUAUGUGUCGCUAACACCGCAGUACAGACUCUUUUGAAGACUACAGUGACAGAUCUCUGUGCAAGCGAUGAAGAAAGUUCGAAAGUAUUCAACAAACUGGGAGCUUUUAACUCCAUAGCCUUUCUAUUCGGGAUAGUUCUAGGCAGUCAUAUUGCAGAUUACGAAAGAGGAAUUGAUUAUGCAUAUCUGUUAAUCAUUUCGAAUAUAGUUGUUUCCAUAGGAUUGGUGAAAACGUUGCCAAGGGUAGACAGUAAAGGAACCAAACAUGACGAUAAAGAUGUUGGCUUAAUUGAAGGAGCGUUAAAAGAAGUACAAUCUGUCUAUAUAGAUCUGAAGAAGCUUGUCGUAUCUCCUAGAUACUGGGACAUCUUUACCAUCCACCUCCUCAUCGAAUGCGGAUUUUUCAUGUACUAUAACAGCUCAGGACUUACACUCAGGACUCAGCACAACAUGUCAGAAAAGUACAUCGGCUACUUGAUAACUCUUAUUAUGGUAGUAUCGGUCGGAUGUCGGUUGGUUAUGAGUAAGAUGAAGUCAAAAUUUUACCCAACAGAUCUCGGAUAUUUGAUGCUGUGGCAUUCCACCUUAGCAGAAGCACUCGCCUACCUAACUCUUGCUUUGACGUCUUCGUUAGCAGUGUUUGUAUUGGCGAUGGCAGCAGUUUCAUGUGCAAAGACCUUCAUUGACACUGCUUUGAAUAAUCUGCUAUUGUCCAGGACAGAGGCUUCGGAGAAAGGGAUUGUAAUAAGUUCAUUUGAUAACGUAGUUUCAGUGGGCCAAGUGCUUGGUCCAUUGUUAGCUGGAACAGUUUCCGAAAUAUUCGGUAUACGAAGCAGUUACAUUGUUGGGGCUGUAUUCAUGUUUGUAGGAAGCCAGAUAGCGAAUACCCAACGAACAAGAUAAUGCACAGUUGAAUAUUUUUCAUUGUGACUCCUCAGGUCUUUAUACGUUUAAAUAAAGUUUUUAUAUCCGAAUUUGGUUUUUAUUUUUCAUCAUCAAC